AUGAAUUCUACCCAAUAUUUAGCAACAAACUUGCUGAUCGAGACACUGACGCUCAAUCUGGAUACGUAUGAUCCGGGUCCGAAACGUAUCGAUACUUUCAUUCUGGCACAACUAGAAACGCUGAUGGAAAAGAUCCAGCAAUUCAUAAGCGACUGUACGCUCGUGCCAUUAGACGAGGAUGCGCAGAGCAGGGGCAAGAUUAUGUUGUACUUUUAUCAGCAACCGAAUGUUGUACGCUGCCGAUUCUGCCAAAAGUGUCUGAACGAGUAUGGUGCAGCGAUCGAGCACAUCAAGAUGCACGAACGACAAAAGAAACCGGACGAAAAAGAAUCCAACGCGAAGAUCACGAGCUUUAUAAAGAAAAACUGUAUCCCGAAAUCCAGCGACAAAAUGACCAAAAGUAUGAGGAAAUUUUUAAGCAAAAACCCUACUACGCUCGUCGAAGGGCUUAUAGCCGAAUGCAACUACGUGCAGAACGAUAUCGAUAACGAAAGGGUGCUGAAAAAUCUGGAGGGGUGCUUGAAACUUCAUUAUCCAUCGGUCAAGUGUUAUCCGUUCGGUUCCCGUAUCGUCGGUACCGGAUCACUCUCUAGCGAUAUCGAUAUGUUUGUCGAUCUGGAGAAUGGUUACUUGGGAAGAAGCGCAAAUACUGUGCCGGAGGAGCUAAAGGAAACGGUUGAAAAGGUGGUAACCAUUCUUAAGAGUACUAACGAUUGGUCUAUCGAUGACAUUAUUUUAAGCGCCCGAGUACCAUUGCUGCGAGUAAUAAGUGUCAUUCAUGACAAUAUACACUGCGAUUUAACGUUUAGCAAUGGAUUAGCGCAUCGUAAUUCUUUACUGUUGCAGUAUAUGUUCAAAUUGCAGCCAACUGCUCGUCAGCUUGUGUGCUAUCUGAAAAAUUGGAACCGGGAGAGCUGUCUUAAUUCGUACACCCUGUCACUGAUGGUCAUUUUCCUGUAUCAGUGCCAUAAGCUGCUGCCAUCUGUGGCUAAACUGCAGGAAGAUCCAAGCAAUGACAUGAUUAUCGAUGGUUGGAAUGCUGGUUUUGCUACACCUACAUUGGAGGAGCUUAAUAUGAAGCUGUGGCAGUCAUCCGUCCCCGGACUGGCAUAUAUGUUUUUUGAGUUUUACAGUUUUGAGGGAAGAUAUUUUUCAAUGGAAACACAGGUGGUUUGCCCGUUUCUCGGAGACGUGCGUGUAUUGAAGAGUUCCUUCGACUCACCAAAUUACGAUAAAGUUCCGGCGCAAAUGGAACGGCUCAAGCGCUACAUGGUGGAUCAUCAGGCUGAUACAGACACCAAGCGUCCGUUUAUCUACAAUAAGCCGUUCGUUGUUCAGGACCCAUUCGAGCAUAGCCACAAUGUUGCCAAAGCUAUCCCGGUAGAGAUUGCCACUCGACUAAUGCGUUCAUUUGAGUUGAGCUUGCAAUCAAUCGCAAAUCAGAAAGAAUCCAAGAAUCUAGAGAAUUGA